CGCCUCAACCCAAAACCCGAGGGCUGCUGAGGCACCAUGUCUCCUGAACUCAAUUCCCCGGGGAGGAAAUCCGUCAGGCCAGGGGUGGUGUCCAACCUCAUUCUGAAGGCCAUCUCCUCCUACGGGGAUUCGGGAGGCAUGACCCUAGUGGGCCUCAAGAGGGUACUUAAAGCCAACGGCUACAACGUGGCGCACAACAAAAGCGAGCUCCGCCUGGUGCUGCGCAGGCUAGUGGUCGGAAAGCACAUUGUGCAUGCGAGGGGUGCGGGUGGACGAGGAGUCUUCCGGAUCAAUCGCUACAGGAAGAGAAGCGUGAGGAGGAGGAGAAGGAGGAGGAGCAGGGGUGGAGGAAGCAGGAGGAGGAGAAGAAGGAGGAGAAGGAGGAGCAGGGGUGGAGGAAGCAGGAGGAGGAGAAGGCGAGGUGGAAGGAGACAGAGACGGAGACGAAGGCGACGAUACGGGAGGAGGAGAAGGAGGAGGAGAAGGGCCACACGCAGGAGACGCAGAAGGCCCACCUACAGGAGAAGGAGGAGGAGGAGGAGGAGGAGAACAUCAAUCCGGAGGCGAAGGAGAAGAAUGUCAGUCAGGAGAAGGAGGAGGCUUUCUAUGAGGAGAAGGAGGAGGCGGAGGAUAUCAGGGAGGAGGAGAAGGAGGACCUCCAUAAGGAGGGGCAGGAGACGGAGGCUGUCUGUGCGGAGGAGGAGAAGAAGGAGGAGGAGGGUAUCCGUGAGAAGGAGGAGGAGGGCAGUAAGAAGGAGAAGGGCCCCGCGGAGAAUCAGGAGGAGGAGGACCCGACGCAGGUCCGUCAGGAGGGGCCGCAGGAGAAGGAAGAGUACAAACUAA